CUUCAUUAUGUUCAAUAGAAAAACCAAUAAUCAUCGACUACUUAUUUGUUCAUGUCAAUAGUAGAAGAAAUAGAUUCCGAACAUCAUUUAUCAUAAGAUGAUGCUGAGCAAUGUUGUCUUAAAUUGAAGGAAUAUUUCAAAAAAAAAUUUGUUUUAUUUUUUUAAAAUUAAAAUAUGGUCAAAUACAAUUUAUACUUAUUGAUCCAUAGGACGGUGAACAUAUUCAAUGUGGAACAAUUGAUUUAACAUUUCGAAAUAUUACAAUGAUGAAUACAACAAACAUAAUUAAUAAUCGUUUAUAUACAAAUGGCUCAAUUGAUUUAUAUUUUAUAAAAUUAUUGAAUAAUGAUUAUUUUAUAUUCUAUUUAAAACAUGAAUAUCUUGGUCGUACACAUAUAUUAACAAUUGAAUCAAAAUAUUGA